AACAAAACAUACAUAAUGGAUUGGAUACAUCCUCCAUAAAACUAUUAGUAAAUCCUUUUCUUUUUUCAUGUUCACAAGUGAGAUGAAAGUGUAUGUAUGUAUAAGAAAUCACGCCAUAGUUGAACCUUGAACCUGCAUAUCUAUCACCCGCCCCCCUAACCCCCUUGUUUCUAGGUGGUGAUAUAUGCAGGGCAAAAGUUGAAACAAUCAAUUAAAUUCGUUAUUAGAUUGAUGUCUACUUGUACAGACAGUAAUGAAGAGAGAAACAUUUGGAAAUCAAGAUUUGUGAGUCUCAUCCGUCGCUACUCCCUCGAACUCUCUCACACUAUGCGGGGCAGGGGCUUCAAGCUCAAAGACCGUUGUAAGACUACUCAAGUCCAUCCUUCUGAAACUUCCACUAGCAACCCUUUUCCUUUUCCUUUUCCUAUUUCCAAGCUCCACUUCCCUACAAUCAACUCCAUUUUGCAAGAAUCGGCUUUUCUUCCCUAUGGUCUUCCAAGAACCGAUUCUUUUGAGCCCCCAGUUGAGCUUUGUCUCAAAUCUGUUGAUUUUGUUGAAUCUUUGGCUGAGCUUUACCGCAAAAUCCAGAUGACCCAAGAUUUUGAUAAAUCUUUGGUUUAUUUAGAGCAGUAUGCGCUCUUGUGCAGCCUUGGUGAUCCAAAGUUGCUGCGAAGGUGUCUUCAAUCGGCUCGUCUACAUGCGGUUGAUGUGCAUUCCAAGGUGGUUUUGUCAGCUUGGUUGAGGUUUGAAAGGAGAGAGGAUGAGUUAGUUGGAUCAUCAGCUUUGGAUUGUAUUGGAAGAGUUGUUGAAUGCCCCAACGCUGCUUUGCUACAUGGCUAUGAUCCCAAUUCUGUUUUUGAUCAUUGCCUAUGUUCUAAUGAGAUCUCUCAUUUUGGGAAUAAUUUCCUCAGCUCAGAAUCACAAGAGGAUGGGGUUGUUUGCUUCUGCAUAGGCAAUGAGGAAGUCAACUGUAUUCGAGGUAAAAUUGCAGCUCUCUCUGCUCCAUUAAAAUCAAUGUUGUAUGGUAAUUUCAUUGAGUCUGAUAAGCAAAGAAUUGAUUUUACACACGUUGGUAUAUCUGCGGACGGAAUGAGAGCUGUAGAUUUCUUUACUAGGACUAGAAGAUUAGAUUCUUGCUCACCCAAUCUACUUCUGGAGCUUCUUUCAUUUGCAAAUAGAUUCUGUUGUGAGGAAAUGAAAUCUGCUUGUGAUUGUUACUUGGCGUCUUUGCUUUCCGAUAUCGAUGAGGCAUUGGUUCUUAUUGAUUAUGCUCUGGAGGAGAGAGCACAUCUGCUCGUGGCGUCUUGCUUGCAGCUGAUGCUUCGAGAGCUUCCAGGUUAUUUAUAUAAUCCAAGGGUUCUCAACACAUUUUGUAGCUCUGAGGCUAGGGAGAGACUCGCCACAGUUGGGCAAGCUUCUUUUCUGUUAUAUUAUUUCCUUAGCCAGGUAGCAAUCGAAGAUAACAUGAUGUCCAAAGUUACAGUUAUGUUGUUGGAGAGAUUAAAGGAGUGUGCUAGCGAAAGAUGGCAGAAGGCACUCGCUUUGCAUCAACUGGGUUGUGUAUUGCUUGAAAGGAAGGAUUACAAAGAAGCUCAACAUUGUUUUGAGAUGGCAAUUGAGGCUGGUAACAUUUAUUCAAUAGUAGGUGUUGCACGAACUAAACUCAAGCAGGGGCAGAGGUUUUUAGCUUAUGAGCUAAUUAAUGAUAUUAUUACAAAGUAUAAACCUACGGGGUGGAUGUACCAAGAGAGGUCUUUGUACAGCUUAGGCAAACAAAAGAUUUUGGAUGUUAAUGAUGCCACCAGAUUGGAUCCUACCCUUUCUUUUCCAUACAAAUACAGAGCCAUUGCAAUGGUAGAAGACAGCCAGAUUGAGGCUGCUGUCGCAGAGAUAAAUAGGAUUGUUGAUUUUAAGGUCUCUCCAGACUGCAUUGAAUUGCGGGCUUGGUGCUUUAUUGCACUUGAAGAUUACCAAUCUGCUAUAAGAGAUAUCCGUGCAUUGUUGACUCUAGACCCGAACUUUAUGAUGUUUCGUGGGAAAAUGAGAGCUGACCACCUGGUGGAGCUCCUCAGUCAGCACGUUCAACCAUGGAGUCCUGCAGAUUGCUGGAUGCAACUCUAUGAUCGAUGGUCAUUUGUUGAUGAUAUUGGUUCAUUGGCUGUUAUACAUCAGAUGCUCAUAAAUGAUCCUGGGAGGAGUGUCCUGCGCUUCAGGCAAUCUCUUCUCCUGUUGCGGUUGAAUUGUCAAAAAGCCGCAAUGCGCAGUUUGCGCCUGGCCCGGAAUCAUUCCACCUCCAAAUAUGAAAAGCUUGUGUAUGAAGGAUGGAUAUUAUAUGACACUGGACAUCGUGAAGAAGCACUUGCCAAAGCUGAGGAAUCGAUUUCUAUCCAAAGGUCAUUCGAGGCCUUUUUCCUUAAAGCAUAUGCUCUAGCCGAUACAACUCUGGAUUCUGAAUCUUCAUGUUAUGUCAUCGAACUGUUGGAGGAAGCACUUAAAUGUCCUUCAGAUGGUCUUCGCAAAGGACAAGCAUUAAAUAAUCUAGGAAGUAUUUACGUGGAUUGCAAUAAGCUGGACCUUGCAGCAGAUUGCUAUGUUAGUGCCCUCGAGAUAAAGCACACAAGAGCUCAUCAAGGGCUAGCGCGUGUAUAUCAUCUCAAAAAUGAUAGGAAAGCUGCUUAUGAGGAAAUGACAAAGCUGAUAGACAAGGCUCAGAACAAGGCAUCAGCUUAUGAGAAAAGGUCAGAGUAUUGUGAUCGCGACAUGGCAAGUAAUGAUCUCAGCAUGGCUACACAGUUGGAUCCUCUAAGGACAUACCCAUAUAGAUACAGGGCUGCAGUGCUCAUGGAUGACCAGAGGGAGACUGAGGCUGUGGAGGAGCUUACAGGAGCCAUUUCUUUCAAACCUGACUUGCAAAUGCUUAAUCUUCGAGCAGCAUUCCAUGAGUCAAUGACUGAUUUCUCACGUGCUCUCCAGGAUUGUGAAGCAGCCCUCUGCUUGGAUUCCAAUCAUAAGGAUACCUUAGAUUUGUACAGUCGUACACGUAUUCAAGCACGGCAAAAUACGUGAAAUAUGCAUGUGAAUGGACUAGUUUUGAGGAGUACUUUCUGCUUUCGAAGAAAGAAGAGAAACGGCUUGAGCUUUCUAGUCUUCGGAUAUAAGGCUCCCUGCACAACAUUCUGUUGUGCAUGGAUUGGUGACUAAGACAAACUGGGAAAUCAUUGAGCAGGAGAAAUUGGAUUUGGUGUACCUAUGAUUGAAGGACUGCUGAGAACAUGAUGGUAAAAAGUCUUCUUUUUUUGAUGGAGCAAAGCAGACCAUUUCACAGUAAGCAAAAUCAGGACACUCAAGCUCAAUGUACUUUGACAUUGUUUUGGUCAUUAAGAAUUGGAAUUCUCAUACUCUUAUCAUAAUUUCCGUAUACGACCUAGAAAGAGGUAAAAAUUCUCAUUUGUGUAAGUUCAAGAGGAACUUUUCUUCUCUCAUUCUGUUAAACGAUAGAGUUGCUGGAAUGUGUAGAAGUUCUCCGUUUU